AAUCCAAAAAUUAAGAUUGGCGAGAAGAACCGAGGAGGCGGGGAACAUGGCCGGUCGUUACAGACAGCUGGGUCCCUGCAAACUCUCUCAAGCCCAGCAAGUGAGGAAGCAAAACCCGGGCGCAGGGAGACAGGUGGCUCCCCCGCCAAAGGACGAAGAUCCCAGGGUGAAGUGUAGGGACUGCGGAGCCUUUGGGCACAAAGUGAGUAGCCUCAGGUGCCCCAUGAAGCGCUGGCAUGGGGCCCUGGCCCCCCAGCCCUUGGGCUCCAAACUCGGCAAGGAGAACCUGGAACCAUGGAAGCUGCAGGACCUGCAGACCCCCGGGACCCCUAACACGGCUGAGAGAGAGAAGAGUGAAAGGCAAAGGAAAGAAGAGCAUCAGAGGAAGCUGCUUCAGAGAUUUCCCAGGAAACCCCAAGGGUGGCGGCAGCAGUACUGGAAGGAAGGGACAGAGUCCUGCCACUACCUGAGGCAUCCAAACAUGCCCACGCUCAUCCAGGCAUCCAAGAGGAAACCCAUCCAGGAUCCAGAUCUCCCAAGCAGGUCACCUGUCAGGAAAGAUGACGGGAAAUCCACCCACCCUGCAGUGUCUCUCAUCAGCAGAAGUUUGGUCCAGGACUCCAAAAGCAGCAUCAAGGCCCCAGGCCAGCCUCUCAGGAUGCUCUUCGUGCGAGUAGACGAAGGCUGGUGGAGCUGCAGGUACGUGGCGCCUCCCGCCUUGCCUGGUCCUGAGCAGUCAGCCCCUCCUGCUCAGAGCCCUCCCACUGGCAAGAAGCCUGAGGGGCACUGGGCCCCUGGCCCCCGGAGUGUCCUCUACGAUGACCUCCAGGUGUCUUCUUCCUCUGAAGACAGCGACUGGGAGGGACACGUCUAUGGCAACUAA